UUUUCUUCUCUUCUUUCUAGAAAUUUCUCACUUUUUUUCUUGUGUGCGAUCACUAAUGCCGGUAAAAUGUGAUGCUUGAAAUUUGAAGAAAAGUAGUCUUUUUUAACGCUACUGAUAUACGAACCAUUGUUGUUUGUUUUUGGGAAGAGGGAGAUUGGUGUUUGAGUUUAAAAAAUUUUGAACUCUAAAGCAAAGCAGUACAUAUCAGAAAUGGAAAACAAGGAUCAAUAUCGGCAAGAUUCGCAAUCCAAAUACGAAUGUCUUCUAUUUGAUUUGGAUGACACUCUCUAUCCUCUGGCCUCUGGUCUUUCAGCACAAGUCACCAGGAAUAUUCAAGAAUAUAUGCUUCAAAAGCUAGGAAUAGAGGAGAGUAAAGUCCCUGAACUUUGUAUUUCCUUGUACAAGGACUAUGGUACCACCAUGGCUGGUCUUAAGGCUAUUGGCUAUGACUUUGAUUAUGAUGACUUCCACAGUUUCGUCCACGGAAGACUGCCUUACAAUCUGCUAAAACCUGACCCUGUUCUGAGGAGUCUUUUGCUUAGCCUGCCUAUUCGGAAAGUUGUUUUUACCAAUGGGGAUAAGGCUCAUGGAGCUAGAGCGCUUAGCAGGCUAGGAUUAGAGGAUUGCUUUCAGGAAGUUAUGAGCUUUGAGACUCUGAACCCCACUACUAAUGAAAAUAUACCUGUAAAUACUAAUCCAAGCACUAGGAUUCUUGACGCUGAUGAAUAUCUGAAGCAACCGAAUACGGAUCUGGUACUCCCAAAGACUCCAGUUGUUUGCAAACCAUUUGAAGAUGCAUUUCAAAAAGUUUUCGAGAUAUCGAAAAUGAACCCUCAACGAACGUUAUUCUUUGAUGACAGCAUCCGUAAUCUACAGACGGGGAAAAGGUUGGGGCUCACCACUGUGUUGGUGGGCUCUUCUCACCGGAUAAGCGGUGUAGAUUAUGCACUAGAGAGCAUCCAUAACAUCAAGGAGGCAUUGCCAGAGCUAUGGGAAGCUGAAGAGAAGUCCACAAGUGUUAGAUAUUCCAGGAAAAUCGCAAUUGAGACAUAUGUACAAGCUUAGUUUCUUCUUAAUGUGGAUAAAAAUAUCAGGAUAUCCGAGCAGGCACUUGUAUUCCCAGUCUUUAAUGCUCGGUACUCCUAAUUUGAUGACGAAUAAAAUGUGUUAAACAUUAUCCCAGUUUUAUGUCAGGUGUUCACUACCACCUUUGAAAUUC